AUUGGCACCCCAUCCAGGGUGUACCCCACCUUGUGCCCUAAGUCUCCUGGAUACAAGAUAAAGCGCUAUAGACAACGAAUGAGUGACACGCGCGGAGCCGCACGUGAAAGUGACACAGUCGGGACUGCACUGCGUGAGCUGGUCUUCAUCAUCAUCAUCAUCAUCAGCAGCAGCAGCAACAUCUUCUUCAUUACAUCCUCAUCCUCCUCUUCAUCCUCCUCCUGGUCGCGCGGGUGAAGGUGCAGGUGCAGCACCAUGAUGUGACAACCAAAGAAGUUUUUUCAGCCCAUUCCACCCGUAUAAGGAGGAGAGACCGACAGCUCCAGUCUCCUCCUUGGAAACUGAUCUCUCUGAGAAUGGAGGAACAUCUCGAUGCUGGACUUGAUGGUCCUGAGUCAAAACUUUCAUUUCUGAUUUGUUUGUCCUCCAUCUUCUUGUCUGUGUGUUCCUGUCAGUCCCUUAAUGUCUUCCAGUCUGAGAGGUCUGAAUGGAGCCUGAGUCACCUGGCUGUCCACCAGUCGAGCGGCACGGUGUACGUGGGAGGAGUCAACCGUGUGUACAAGCUCUCGUCCGAUCUGGUACCGCUGGUCACACACAACACCGGGCCGGAGCUGGACAACCAGGCGUGCUAUCCCCCGCUGAUCAUGCAGCCGUGCUCCGAACCUCUCGCCAGAACCGACAACGUCAACAAGCUCCUGCUGGUCGAUGACGUGUACAACCGCCUGCUGGCAUGUGGGAGCCUCUAUCAGGGCGUGUGCAAGAUCCUGAGACUGGACGAUCUCUUCAUCUUGGCUGAACCAUCGCAUAAAAAGGAGCACUACUUCUCCAGCGUGAACCAGACCGGCGGCAUGAGCGGCGUGAUCGUGAGCCGCGAUCGAGGCAGAGACCACGAGAGGGACGCCACUCUGUACAUCGGCACGUCCGUUGGCGGCAAACAGGACUACUUUCCGACCAUCUCGAGCCGCAAGCUGCCUAAAGACCCUGAAUCGGCGGCCAUGUUGGACUAUGAGCUUCACACCGACUUCGUUUCUUCGCUAGUCAAGAUCCCGUCUGAUACGCUAGCUUUGGUUACGCACUUUGACAUUGACUAUGUGUACGGCUUCUCCAGCGGUAACUUUGUGUACUUCCUGACCGUGCAGCCGGAAACGGAGACUCCCGGAGAACUCUUCUACACAUCGCGUGUGGUUCGGCUCUGCAAAGGCGAUGAUAAGUUCCAUUCAUACGUCUCCCUGCCGGUGGGCUGCGUGAAGAACCGAAUCGAGUACCGUCUGCUGCAGGCGGCGUUUUUGGCUAAAGCCGGGAGCGUCAUAGCCGCUGCGCUAAACAUCACAGAACAGGACGACGUCCUCUUCGCCGUCUUCUCUAAGGGACAGAAACAGUACCGGAGACCGUCGGAUGACUCAACGCUCUGCAUCUUUACCAUCCGGGAUAUUAACGUGCGGAUCAAAGAGAGGCUGAGGUCGUGCUACCAGGGGGAAGGAAACCUAGAGCUGCACUGGCUUCUGGGAAAAGACGUCCAGUGCACAAAAGCGCCGGUGCCUAUAGGAGACAGUUUCUGUGGUUUGGACAUUAAUCAGCCUCUCGGUGGUUCGGAGCUCGUCUCAGGUCUCGCUGUUUACACGGAGACAUCAGAGCGUCUCACCUCCAUCUCUGCGUACGUCUACCACGGAUACAGUGUGGCGUUCCUCGGCACCCGGUCUGGAAACAUUCGUAAGGUGCGUGUAGACGGUGUGUCUGCGAUCCUCUAUGAGACAGUGAAGGUGAUGAAGGAUGGAAGUUCUGUUCUUCCUGACAUGGCUUUUUCCCCAGACCACCACCACCUUUACACCAUGAGUCGCACUCAGGUUGUCCAGAUGCCAGUGGAACACUGUGAGCAGUACAGCCGGUGUGAGGACUGUUUAAGCUCAGGAGAUCCACACUGCGGCUGGUGUGUCCUCCACAACAAGUGUGUGAGACGGGAUCGGUGCGAGCGCUCAGAUGAACCUUUCCGAUUCGCUGAUGAGAUCGGGCGGUGUGUAAGAGUCUCCGCCCACCCGGACAGCGUGGCCAUGUCGGAGCACGCCGUCCCACUCCUGCUGGAGGUCAGUAAUGUUCCUGACCUUUCUGCCGGGGUCACCUGCUCGUUUGGGAGCCUGGCGGAGGUCGAAGGUCACGUUAGCGGGAACAGCAUCAUGUGUCUGUCUCCGACCGCCCGGGACGUCCCACUGAUCUCCGCUGACCGAGACUGGUCAGGUGUGGAGCUGAAGGUUGUUUCUAAGGAGACAGGUCACAUGGUCCUGAGCAUCGAGGUGAAGUUCUACAACUGCAGCACACACACUAUGUGUCUGUCAUGUGUGAGCAGUGCAUUCCAGUGUCACUGGUGUAAAUACAGAAACACCUGCACACACGACCCCAACAGCUGCUCCUUCCUCGAGGGACACGUCAAUGCAUCAGAGUUGUGCCCUCAGCUGGUGCGCUCGGGGGAGGUGGUGAUCGCGGCGGGAGACGUGAAGCCGAUCACGCUGAGGGCCCGGAACCUUCCACAGCCUCAGUCGGGUCAGAGAGGCUACGAGUGUGUGUUCAACAUCCAGGGAGUCACACACAGAGUAACGGCCCUGCGCUUCAACAGCACCAGUGUACAGUGUCAGAACCGCUCGUAUGUGUACGAGGGGAUGAAGGUCAGUGAGCUGGCAGUCGAUCUGUCUAUCGUCUGGAACAACAACUUUAUCAUCGACAACCCUGAGAGAAUUACAGUGCUCCUGUAUAAGUGCGGUGCUCAGAGGGAGAGCUGCGGUGUGUGUCUGAAGGCCGAGCGGAGGUUCUCCUGCGGUUGGUGUGUGAGUGAGAGUCGCUGCACGCUGCGUAAACACUGCACUCCACCCGCGGCGUCACACGGCACACACUGGCUCGGACAGAACCAGCACCACAAGUGUACACACCCUCGCAUCACUGAGGUGUCUCCUCUGUCCGGUCCUCCAGACGGCGGCACCCUGGUGACCAUCCGGGGAGUGAACCUGGGCAUGUCUCUGUCCGAGCUGCAGGGGCGCGUGGAGGUGGCCGGGGUCCCGUGCCACGCCCGACCUGAGGGCUACAUCAUCGCAGAACAGCUGGUGUGUGAGAUGGAUUCAGCACCCCUGGCCAGUUCUCCCGGUCCGGUGCAGCUGUGUGUAGCAGAAUGUAGGCCAGAACUGAUCACACACUCCUCUCAGCUCUACACAUUUGUGAACCCGGGCGUGGUGGCGCUGACCCCGACCCGCGGGCCCGUCUCCGGAGGAACCAAAGUGACCAUACUGGGUCGGGACCUGAGUGCGGGCAGCAGCGUGAACGUCCGCUUUGGAAACAACACGUGUGAGUUUUACAGUCGGAGCACCACAGAGAUCGUGUGUGUCUCGGCGCCCUCUCUGUACGGCGAGGGUUCGGUUCUGGUUCGGGUCGGAGUGGAUCGGGCCGAGCUGAAAAGCAAACUGAGCUUCGAGUACGUCGAGGAUCCAACAGUACACAGCGUGGAACCUGAGUGGAGUAUUGCCAGUGGACACACCACCCUGACUGUGACCGGCACGAACCUGGAUGUGGUGCAGGAGCCUCGGGUUCGAGUCAAACAUGGCGGCCGCGAGUCUGUGAACGUGUGUAAAGUGGUGAACUCCACCUCACUCCACUGCUCUGCUCCACCCGUGAUGGCUGACUUCGCCCCGGGGCAGAACUCUGUGAAGCAGGCCGAUGAGUUCGGCUUCAUCUUCAAUAAUGUUCAGGCUCUGCUCACCUACAACAGCACCAGCUUUGUUUAUUACCCCAACCCCUCGUUCGAACCGCUCAGUGUUUCUGGAGUGCUGGAGCAGAAACCGGGAUCUCCCAUCAUCCUGAAAGGCAGGAAUCUGGUUCCUCUUGCAUCUGGAAGUUCCAGACUGAACUACACCGUCCUGGUUGGAGACAUUCCGUGUCUCAUCACCAUCUCUGAGUCACAGCUGCUGUGUGAACCGCCUCCUCUGACCGGCCAGCACAGAGUCACGAUCCAGGUGGGUGGUCUUUACCUGUCUCCAGGUUCAGUCCACAUCCAAUCGGACAGCCUCCUGACGUUACCCGCCAUCUUCAGCAUCGCAGCAGGAGGAGGUCUGCUCUUCAUCAUCGUCAUCCUCGUCCUGAUCGCCUACCGACGCAAAUCACACGAGAACGACCUCACGCUCAAACGGCUGCACAUGCAAAUGGACAACUUGGAAUCCAGAGUGGCUCUGGAAUGCAAAGAGGCAUUUGCCGAGCUCCAGACAGACAUAAAUGAGUUGACGAGUGAUCUGGACCGGGCCGGAAUCCCACACCUGGAUUAUCGCACCUACGUCAUGAGGAUCCUGUUUCCGGGCAUGGACGACCAUCCGGUGCUCCGAGAUCUGGAGGUGGCGGGUUGCGGGCAGCAGCGUGUAGAGAAGGCCCUGAAGCAGCUGGGUCAGCUAGUGAACAAUAAGCUGUUCCUGCUGUCGUUCAUCCGCACGCUGGAGCUGCAGCGCUCGUUCUCCAUGCGCGACCGCGGCUACGUGGCGUCGCUAAUCAUGAUCGCGCUGCACAACAGGCUGGAGUUCAUCACUGACAUCCUCAAACAGCUGCUCUCUGAGCUCAUCGCCAAGAGCAUGGAGAGCAAGAACCACCCCAAACUACUGCUGAGACGGACUGAGUCAGUAGCAGAGAAGAUGCUGACGAAUUGGUUUGCCUUCCUGCUACACAAGUUCCUGAAGGAGUGUGUAAGUGAGCCCCUCUUCAUGCUACACUGUGCCAUAAAGCAGCAGAUGGAGAAGGGGCCGAUCGACGCGGUCACAGGAGAGGCGCGUUACUCUCUCAGUGAGGAUAAACUCAUCCGCCAACAGAUCGACUACAAAACACUGACGGUGUGCUGUGUGGAUGGAGGUCAGGAGACCGGGGGGGUGGAGGUGGUGGUGAAGGUGUUAAACUGCGACACCAUCACACAGGUGAAGGAGAAAAUCCUUGAUGCUGUCUAUAAGAACGUCCCGUACUCUCAGAGACCGCGCGCGGGGGACAUGGACCUGGAAUGGCGUCAGGGCCGCUCAGCGCGGGUGGUCCUACAGGACGAGGACAUCACCACUAAAAUCGAAAGCGACUGGAAGAGACUCAACACACUGGUGCACUACCAGGUGCCUGAUCGCUGUGUGGUGGCUCUGGUACCUAAGCAGAUGUCCUCCUACAACAUCUCAACAUCAGCCAGCUUCCCGCGGAGCUUCAGCCGAUACGACGCAGUCCUGCGCUCAGUAUCGGCGGGCAGUCCGGAGUCCUCGAGCUCCCGUGUGCCGAUGAUCACUCCGGAUCUGGAGAGCGGAGUUAAAGUUUGGCAUCUGGUCAAAAACCACGAACACGGAGACCAAAAAGAAGCUGAGCGAGGCAGCAAGAUGGUGUCUGAGAUCUACCUGACCCGCCUUCUGGCCACCAAGGGCACGUUGCAGAAGUUUGUGGAUGAUCUGUUCGAGACGCUCUUCAGCACGGUGAAUCGGGGCAGCGCGCUUCCGCUCGCCAUCAAGUACAUGUUUGACUUCCUGGACGAGCAGGCGGACAAACAUAGCAUCCAUGACCCUGACGUCCGACACACGUGGAAGAGCAACUGUCUUCCCCUGCGUUUCUGGGUCAACGUGAUCAAAAACCCUCAGUUUGUGUUCGACAUCCACAAGAGCAGCAUUACGGAUGCCUGUUUAUCCGUAGUGGCCCAGACCUUCAUGGACUCCUGCUCCACCUCGGAACAUCGACUCGGCAAAGACUCGCCUUCAAACAAACUACUCUACGCUAAAGACAUCCCGCACUAUAAGAGCUGGGUUGAGCGGUACUACGCUGAUAUAAGCCGACUGCCGUCUAUCAGCGAUCAAGACAUGAAUGCGUACUUGGCUGAGCAGGCACGUGUCCAUUCGCACGAGUUUAACACUCUCAGCGCUCUGCACGAGAUCUACGCCUACAUCAGGAAAUACAGUCAGGAGGUAGUGCAGUCUCUGAAGCGCGACACGUUGGCCCAGAAACAGAGACUCGCCUACAAACUGGAGCAGCUUAUUGCUGAUAUGGAACAUGAGAGCUGAUCUGAGAUCCCCAAAGGAAUGGACUGAAAUCAUCGACGGACCAAGUGAGAGAGAACAGAACCGAGGCCACAAGUCAGACAAGUCAUGGUGACGAGUCGUGGUGCAAUAACCUCCCACUUUGGUCUCAGUGCAUCACAGCAUCUGAUUAGAUCUUCACAAAAAAAACCUAAAGAAACCCCUAAAACCAACUCUCUACCUGGCGUUUUUCUGCCAGCAUUUACCGGAACAGCUAAAAGCAUAAAACUAAUGGUAGAACUAUUUCAGAUUCCAACCAACAGAACUCAGAGACACUCCUAGUCCUGCCUGAGAGCAAGAGACAGAUAGAAGUUAUUGGAGAAACACCACCAUCUGCUGGCUGAUGUGAGAAGUUCUGCGCCAGGUCUCAGCAGGCUCCCAUCCUUAAGCAGAAAUGUGAAUAAAAAAUAUGAAGGACAGAAUAUUCCACUUUUAGAUACACCCAAGGGAAUGCUGAGGUCUUGGGAUUCAAUUAUGCAUGACAGAAAUAAGCUUGUGUUUAUUCUUUCAACCUCAUGGAGGUUUUUGUCAGCUUCAGUCUGUGACUCGUGUCGGUAACUGAAGAAAUGUCUCGACUUUCACAGCAUAUUGACUUUUAAUUACACCAGUAAAUAAGCUCUGUGUACAUGGACCAAGGGUUUCGCUAGGGCCAAAAGUCAUGUCUUUUAAAACAAAAUGCGAGUUUGUGUGUUUGUAGGUGUGUAUCGUUUACAUGCUGUUUUAAGGGUGAUGUGUGAUUAACAGGCUUGUGCUCUGGAUGUCCACGCCUGACUGGCUUUAUAGUUAUAAUAAUUCAGGUCAUAUCUUAUACUUGAAAUAAACAAACUUUAGGGUCAUUUUUUUCUUCCCAUCACCGUACCGAUGAGCUUCCAAUGACCUUUUAUACACACCUUCCUUUUUCUUCACAUAGGUGAUGAUCUCGUGGUUGUUGAUGAUGAUACACUAUGUUGCAUGCUUUGUGACAAACCAGAUUUAUAAAACAUAAAAAAAUUCAGCUGUAUAAAAAAAAAAAACAGUGUCGUGUUUAGUCUCUAAAAUUCACCAGUUCGACUCCUGACAUCAUAAUUCAAAUUAAUGUUGGUUUACUUUUAUUAUUAUUAUUAUUAUUAAAUGCCACACUAAACAUUUCCUCAUGCUCCAUGUGUGUUCUGUAGGUUACUUAUUUGUUGUCCUUAUUCUUAACUUGUUUAAUAUUUCAUCCAUGUUUCGUCUCAUGCUGGUGUGUUUGCAGUAAAACCAGUAUC